AUGGCAAAGGGAAAUAGGCCCAAGGGGGAAGGGAAGCUGUUCUUGAUCGGUGUUUGUAAAUCAUCUAUUUAUUGUUCUUACCCUUCACUACAGGAUAUGGGAAAUAUAAUGUCGGUUUCUUUUGCUCCCGAAUGUACUGAAGCGAAAACAAAGUACGAUGACUGCUUCAAUGUAUGGUACACUGAAAAAUUCUUGAAGGGCAAGUCACUUGAAAAUGAAUGUGUGGAAUUAUGGGAUGACUAUAUCACCUGUGUGAACACUGCUUUGGCCACCAAGAGUAUCAAGCCCAUCCUUGACAAGUCAAGAGAAGACCAGCCCUUCACAAGUGAAGAAAUUAGGAAAAGUGCAGGUACAGACAAAUAG